ACAGCAGCCGCGAACUGCAGGGUGCUGAAGGAGACGGCAGCGGAGGGCUGCAGUAGUGCGGAAGGAGACAGCGAGGCGACAGGCGUAGCAGUGGCGACCGAGAACUCGGGAACGACGGACGCAGAGAAGCUGUUCACCCAGUUCAUAGUUAUGAGCCCAAUACCCCACGACGACGCCGACGCUGUCCAAACUCCUGGAGUCGCUCCUGUCCCAGUGCCUGGCCAAGUCGCUGAACAAGUCGGAGAUGACGCUGCCGGCGACCAAUUCGACGCGUCGACCCGCGAGAGCGGACGUGGUGCUUCCGACUCGAGUGGUGACCGGCUUGAUCGACUCGAGGGUCUCAUCGAGGGUCUGGUGCGAGACGCCGCACGCGAUCGGCUGGAGAAGGCCCAGCUGCAGCACGGAGUGUAUGUGUCGAACUCAUCGGCGGCCGGCUCGAGCGCCUUCAGCCAAUUCCUGGCAGCUCGUCGGCAACGAGUGAGGGCCGACUCGCUCAGCGAAGCAAUGGGCAUCAGCCCGGCAAUGCAGCAGCAACACUUCCUGGACGAACUUAUCGCCGCGCAGGUGAUUAGUGGCGGCGACUGUCCCGAGGACUUUAAGGCUCGUGCUUUGAACCGAUACCUCGAGGGCCCAGCGCGCAAGUAUUUUGACCGGAUGAAGACAAUUUGGUCGGCGGAGUCGCCAACGCUGGAGCAUUUGAUGAAUCGGAUGUUAGAAGUGUACGAAAAGGAGAUCACGGUUGAGCAAGCAACUCGCAUGAUGUGA